GUGAAGAAAGUCAGUGCGCGAGCUCACAAGGCACAGAGGCACCGGGGGCCACUCACCUGAGUGAUGACUGGACUGGGAGCUGGAGAACCGUGUCUCCUGCAGCCGAGCUGACUGACGCACUGACUGACUGACUGGUUGAACACUUCUUUCUCUGGUGAUCUCGAUCCGGCGCGUCCCGCUCCUCUGUGCGACAGGUUGGUUCCCACUCGUUGCCCCCGCUGAGCUCGGAGGGGCCCCUCGCUCCCCUCGCUCCCCUCGCCCGGUGCGCGGCGUGUCCGAGCUACAAGUCAGCGACAGGACUUAUCCGCCUGCUGUAAGGAUGAUGUCCUACAUAAAGCAACCCCAUUACACCAUGAACGGGUUAAAUCUGGCUGGCCCCGGGAUGGAUGUGCUUCACACGACCGUCGCUUAUCCAUCCACACCCCGGAAGCAGCGCAGGGAGCGCACCACCUUCACCCGGACACAGCUGGACAUCCUGGAGGCGCUGUUCUCCAAGACCCGCUACCCGGACAUCUUCAUGAGGGAGGAGGUGGCCCUCAAGAUCAACCUGCCGGAGUCACGUGUGCAGGUUUGGUUUAAAAACCGCCGUGCUAAGUGUCGCCAGCAGCAGCAGCAGAGCAGUGGCCAGUCCAAGCCCCGCCCUCCCAAGAAGAAGGCCUCCCCGGUGCAGGAGCCCAGCGCCCCUGAUCCUGUUACCAACCCGUCAAGCUCCUACAGCCCCUCCUCUGCCCAGUCAGGCCCCAGCCUGGUGCCCAGCUCCAGCACUGGAAACUCAGCCGUGUCCAUCUGGAGCCCGGCCAUCUCGCCCCUGCCCGACCCCCUGGCCUCCUCCUCGGCCCCUUGCAUGCAGCGGCCCUCACCUUACCCUAUGAGCUAUGGCCAGCCGUCGGCCUACACCCAAGGCUACGCCAGCACCACCUCCUACUUCACCGGCUUGGACUGCAGUGCCUACCUGUCCCCCAUGCACUCGCAGCUGUCGGGCACCGGGGGCGCUCUCAGCCCCAUCACUGUGCCCUCAAUGGGGGGCUCUUUAAGUCAGUCCCCAGCCUCGCUGUCCUCACAGGGCUACAGCACAGCCUCCUCCCUGGGCUUCACCUCUGUCGACUGCCUGGACUACAAGGACCAGCAGGCCUGGAAACUGGGCUUCACCACAAUGGACUGCCUGGACCACAAAGACCAAAACUCCUGGAAGUUCCAGGUGCUCUAGGAAGCGAGACGGUUCAAGUGUGUCAAAGGUGUCCUGUGUGUCAGUGAGUCCCGUGUGAGAUAGUUGUUUUAUUUUCUGAAGGUGACCUCUGUAGAUGAGAGGACAGUCACUACUGCAGCCUGACUGCGAACCACGUCUGUCUCCUCUUCCUGCUCCGUUAAUUAAGAGAACUAAAGCCUUUAAAGAGUUUGUGGGAGAAGACACACUGAGCCAUGUGUGACUCGGCUACAUGAACUCUGCACUCGUUCGUGGUCAACCUGCAUCAUCAUCUAGUGAGAGGAGAACUGCUUCAACACGUCCUUUAGGUCACCUCCUCCUUCGGGGUUCAUUUAUUUCAAGACGUUUGUUAUUGUGUUAUUCUACACUCACGUGUGUUACUGGUUGUGUUUAGACCUUUUUGACCGUUUGUGUUACAAUGUUAGCCCCUUAGUUGAAUCAUUCUGAUCUGAUCUUCUGUUUAAGUUGUGUGACAUAUUAAAGUGCUUUAGUCCUUACGUUCUGUGCAGUGAUGAUCAUUGUUUGUUUAUUGGGCUCAUAGUGAUGCAGUUGGUGAGGGGUGGGCAGUGUCCGGGUGGUCAUCUGGCCCACAUGGCUCUCACUGGCCCAUCUUGGUUAUUUUAGUUGAUCUGAUUCUGGGAGUGUCCCAAUCCUCUUAGCCUCCCUUCAGCAAUGCCCUAAGUGAAUUAGUUAGGAUUAUUGCCCUCUCUCCCUCCGUCUCUCACCCAUGUCACCCACCUCAGCCUCUUCCUCCCUCCCACCUUUUCCUGGCUCUCUUCUCACUUUUUUCCCCGCUCCAUCUUUUUCUAUGUUUGUCCAUUUUUCCUUUCUGCAGUAUCUCUUUACUUGACCUCCACCUGUUCUCUCUCCUCAGGUUGUCUGCCUUUUGCCUCACUUCAUUUGUGUCCCACUUAUCAUGUGCACCCCCAAAAUAACGUGUCCAAAAAAACAUGUAAGCCAUUGACAACAGUGACAUUUAUUAAAGCCUUUUUACUCCA